AUUCAACUAAAGCAUGCGUGUUUUAACCUAUAUUUCUUUUCCAAUAUUUGGAAAUCACAAUGUUUAUAAAAUUAAAAAUAAUACAGUGUUAACUUUAUAUAUUUUCUAAACAGCGUUAAAAAAUAAAAUAGGAAUAUUUUUUUAAUAAAUCUACAUAGUUCAAUUUCAAUUUUACCGACAUGAAUAACUUAAAGCAUCUGAAAAUUCGAUGCCUACCUGUUGAUGAUAUCAAGGGGCAAAUAAUUCAUAUAUCUCUUGGUGAUGACAAGAAAAGAAAAGAGAUAUACUACCUCCAGAAUGGUAGCCUCAACCUUAUUGAUUUGGAGAAGGCAGAGGAAUGUACCAUAUGCACCGAAAUACAUGAUGUGAUUCGUGCUGAGUACAUGCCCGGUCAUAAUAAAAUAUCUAUUUCGGCCAAAAGAAAUAUAUUCAUUAUUGACUGUGAUACUAAAGAAUUCUAUAAGAGAGAUUUCGAAGAAAUCCACCAGACUGGUUGGAGUAGUGGCUUUGAUAACUUUGCCAUUUUGUUCAAAAGUGGCGAAUUGUCAACUUAUCUAUUCGAUUCAAGGUGUGAAUUAAUCGAUCAGGCCACAGGUAACAUUCGUGCCCCAGCUCCUCAGCAGCAAUCUGUGGGAUGGGGAUCACAAAAGACUCAGUUUCAAGGUCCUUCACUACCAGAGGAAGGAUCUAGCAAUGAACUUCAUAUAAUACCUACUGACAAUAGAACACCAGUUAUUUCUUGGAGAGGAAAUGGUGAUGAAUUCGUGGUCACUUAUGUAGAACAUAAUGUCAGGGUAUUCAAGGUAUUUGAUAAUAACUGCUCUCCAAAGGCUCAUUCCGAAGGCUCAAAGGGACUGUUUUAUGGUCCUGUUGCUUGGAAACCCCAGGGUAAUAUUAUUGCUGCAGCUAUGUUCCACAAUGGCAAGAAUUGUCUUGGACUUUUUGAAAGAAACGGGCUCUUCAGGAUGCACUUUCCUCUUGUUGAUGUAUUGUAUCCAAUCAGUUCUUUAUUGUGGAGUAUAUGUGGAAGGGUCCUGAUCAUUUCUCAAGAAGAUGACAAAGGCAACUCUCAUGCAUGCCUUUAUACCACCUGUAAUAUGAAGUGGUUCCUGAAACAAAACUUGAUUUUCGGUAAAAACAAUCCUUUAUGCACAUUGACUUGGGUACCAACUGAUCCACAGUGCCUUGAGCUUGUAGCAGUUACCAAAAAUGAAGUUAUUGAAUAUAAAUAUAAAUUCCAAUUUGAUUAUGACCAUAACCAUAAUAUGAUUGUUGCUAUUAAUGGAAAAUCACUACGUAUUCAUGGUUUCUCAAAGUCUGUUGAUCCAUCCCCCAGCUGUACUUCAGUUACCACCCUUGCCAAUCCAGUCAAUAUGAUAGCUUUUCACCCAGACAAGGAUCUUUUAGUAGCAAUCGAUUCAUCGAACAAAAUCUAUUGUUUUGCUGUUAAUGGAAUUGAACUAACUCUCAGUAUACAGUCUUCCUUAGGAGCACAAUCAUUUCCAUUAAAGGUGAAUCAUUUAUUUUGGAAAGCAGAUAGUCCUCAUGUUCUAGUUGAAAAUCCUUCUGAAGGGCAUUCUAUAUUGUAUGAAUUUAAUGAGGAAUCCAAGCAGUUGGUGAAGAAACAACAAUUUGACGUUACUCAAUAUCCAAUUGAACAGAUUUAUGCUGUUGAUAACAUAGUUGUUAAGCAUGAUGCAAAAUUUAGAAAUAUACAUAGAGUAACAGAAACUCCUGUUACCUCACUGAACAUAGCUUAUCCAUAUGAAGUACUGCCACUGAAAUAUGAGAGUGAAAUUUUCUCUCUUGUGUUAAACCCAAAUCAGGACCUUUUUAUAGAAGAUGAGCUUGUUUGUAGAGGUAUAACCUCCAUGCUUGUAUAUAAAGAUUACUUGUUGCUUACUGAUAAUACAACUCUAUAUACUCUUAAAUUGAGUCGUCAAUCUAUGGAUACAUUGGCAGUUGAUGGCCUCUCAGAAUUUCAUAGUAGACCCCUCAAUGAAUUGGAAUACUUGGUAUGUAUGAUGGGGGACACUUCUAAUAUAAUUCUGCACACUCCUAGAGGAAACUUGGAGAUUGUUGCAUGCCGGUCCAUGCAAAUAAGGAAUAUUGAAGAGUUAUUGUGUAAAGGUGAAUGGGCUGACGUAAUCAGGAUCAUGAGAUUAGGCAGGCUUGACUGGAACUUACUGAUUGAUUUAGAUCCUGAAAGAUUUUAUGCAAAUAUAUCCAAAGUAGUGGCAGAGAGCGAUUCCCAGCAUACACUUAAUGCAAUAGUGGCCGAAGUUAGUGAUGAAAAUUGCUUAACUACUGUUUACAAAAACACCAUAGAAAAAAUACCCUAUUUAAGUAUGAAUAAAAAACGUCGAUUUUUGGAAAAACUCAGUGAGUACUUGGAUAAAAGCGGAUCUUUUGUUAAUUAUCUACCAACAGUUGUUAAAGUUUGCUUGGAUCAAAAUAAUGUCCAAAAAGCAAUGACCUACUUGUCAUUCCUGAUGAAAUCCACCGGAAAACAGCAUGAUAAAUCAGAACAAGCAGUAGCUCAAAUGAGAAUGCAGGUAGAGGCUGCUGAUUUAUUCCAAGCAGCUCUGUUCACGUUCGAUAUUAAUUUGGCCGAAUAUGUUGCUGAAAAAUGUCAAAUGAAUCCACAAGAAGUUGGACCCCUUCUGGAUGAAUUGAAGCAAAUGGAUAAUUUCGAAAGGAGGAUUCAUAUACAUUUGAGAUAUGAAAACUGGGAUACAGCUGUUACAUACAUGCUGAACAGGGAUCAGAAAGACAAGGAGGAAAUUUUAAAAUUCAUACGUGAACAUGAUGUGGCAAAGGCAGCUUACAUGGAAGCAAUUAAGAUCAAGGAAUUGGAUUUCAUGGAGGACAUUGCUCAACUUUAUGUUGAGAAACUUAUCCAGAAAAGACAUCACAGUGAAGCAGCAAUUAUACUAGUGAAAUAUCUUCUCUUUGACGAUGCCAUUGAACAGUUCAAGUUGGCUCUUGAUUAUAAAAAGUGCAUCGAAUACAUCCCUCAAUCUUCCCUCUCGGAGGAAAGUAAAAAACAGCUUUUCAUUGAACUUGCAGAGAAAUUAAUUGUUGCACAAAGGGUUCAGGAUGCUGCAAUAAUUUAUGAAACACAGCUUGAGGAUUACACAACAGCCGUUAAAACACUGACUGAGGGAGGACUGUUCACUGAUGCUCUGAGAAUUGCUAAAGAACGAAGCCUUAGUAACUUGAUUGAUAUAUUAAUUCUGCCCAAAAUGUUCAGUAUGGUACAAAAAAUCAGAGACAUUGUUGAGGAUACCACUAUCAAAUUCAAAAAAGGACUUGAGCGUUUAAACAGGCUACGCAAUGAUAAGAAGUAUUUGUUUGAGAAAUCCCUGAAACGUAGUGGUUUAGGUGGAGCACUACUUACAGAGUCAUUGGCCUUUAGGCGUAAAAGAACUGAUGGACUUGAGAAACAAAAUGAUCAAGAAUUUGAUUUACAGUCGCUUGUGUCCCAGAGAUCUUCUAGAUCUACUUCUUCUUCAAGUACAACAGUCACGCAGAAACAAGUUCGUAAGAUGGAAAAACAGAAACAGGAUACAACUGAGGGCAGUAAAUUUGAAGAUAUAGCUUUGAUGCGAGAAUUGCACAUCAUGAUCACUCUAAUCUUCAAAUAUGGACCAGAAGCAAAGGAAUUGUUCCUCAGAUUGAUUGAAUACAGUAUAAUGGAUUUAACUACUUUGCAUCAACACCAUCAGAAGCUAUAUGAUCUGCAGAUCCUCAUGCAAGAUGAAGUUCACAACAUCUGGGAUGAGGAAUUCAGGUCAGGUUCAACUGUAAAUCACAUAAAUGAAAAUUAUUUCUUUAUGGAUGAACAAUAUCGUGUCAUUCCUCCUGAGAUUGAUAAUCCAGGUUUGACUUGGGCACUUGAAAUAUUCAAACAAUGAUUCCAACUUUUUAUAAUCUCUAUUCGUUGUUCCUUAUUUAUUUUAUAUUUGACGUUUAGUUGAAGUUUCGACAAAAAAAUAUUGUUCCAGAAAUGAAUCACAUUCAUAUGUUUCAGUUUUUACAUGAUGUCAUGUAAUUUGUAAAAAUUACACUUCAAACUUGGGAAGUAUUCCUAUCUUAUUUUGGGGACUACAGAAUGGAAUCAAAUAAUUCAUCGUUCUAUAGUUUUAUGGAACUCUUAUUCCUCACUGUAAUUUUGUAAAGUUCAUAACCGUUCUAUAAUUCGUUUCAAUAAAAAAUGUUCCAAUGGA